AUGGCUGUGUAGUGUUAUUUUUACUGGAUGAGUCUACUGUACUGAAAUGAGGGUGGAUGCACCCUACAGUGGCAUUCACUCACUGACCUAUCAAGGGGUGGAAGGCCAUACAAACAAAAUGAUAAAAGCUGCUAUAUUCAGCUGUAUUUAUACCACUUAUGUUUGUUGUGAAAUUCUGAUGCUCUAAUUAUCCUAAGUGACAAUUUCUAGAGAAAACUUGUUUUUCACUUGUUUUUAUAUUUAUGUAAAAUUAUAAUAAUAGUAUGUUUUUUUCCGCCAUUCAAAUAAUUCAGUGGUUGAUAGAAGUAAUCACAUGUUGAUUUUUGUUUUUGUUAUUUUUUUGUUAUUUUUGACUUUCACAGAAUAGACUCUUAAGAUUAACCGGUCGCAACUGAGUUUUGCUUUUGUAAAUAUUAUAAACAUACAGAUUUUAUCAAUAAUUCUGGUCUAUCGUUUAGAUUGUGAAAGGGGCAGGGUCGCAAAGCACGCGCUGCACGCCACUGUAUUUUACGUCACUUUGCUUUUUUCCUGAUCACUGAAUUCAGAUAUUUCUAUUUUUGCUCCUCGUAGAUUUGUGUGCAUUAAAUGACAAGCCAAAAAGCAUACUUCUGAGUAGAACCAAAUCUGUAUUUUUAUAUUCCUAGAGGAGUGGCGUCUGCGCGAGCACGCGCAAGCGCACUCAACGAAAAACGGUCAGUUGGCUGUCAGGUUUCGACCACAAGUUGAGUUCAGGACAAAUAAGUGAUUGAAACAGGCGAGUUACAUUGAAGAUAGUUUAUUCGGUUUCUUUAUAUAUCGCCUUAUAGUUUCUUUCGGUUCGUCGUGUAUAGAAAGGGGUGUGUGCUUUUAAGUUCAGUCACUGCUCAUUGCUCACUAUAGUGUCCCGUACACGAGCGCCGUUUCUCUGAAUUGCUCCGUCUGUCAGGACCAAACGCUCGGAAAAACGAAUUUCAGGUUUGCUGAGCCCAGUGAUUCGCGCGCCGCAUCCUCGCGGCUCCGUAACCAUGGGCAACCGGGGGAUGGAGGAGCUCAUCCCGCUGGUGAACCGUCUGCAGGACGCUUUCAGUGCAAUCGGACAGAGCUGCGACCUGGACCUGCCGCAGAUCGCGGUGGUCGGGGGUCAGAGCGCAGGCAAAAGCUCUGUCCUGGAAAAUUUCGUGGGCAGAGAUUUCCUGCCAAGAGGCUCAGGAAUUGUUACAAGGAGACCACUUGUCCUUCAGCUCAUCAGUUCAACUUCAGAGUAUGCAGAGUUUCUGCACUGUAAAGGAAAGAAAUUUACAGACUUCGAUGAUAUUCGACGGGAGAUUGCAGCAGAGACAGACAGAGUCACGGGAACAAAUAAGGGCAUAUCCUCCAUUCCCAUCAACCUUCGUGUCUACUCUCCAAAUGUUUUAAACUUGACUCUGAUAGAUCUUCCAGGCAUAACUAAAGUACCUGUGGGAGAUCAGCCUCCUGACAUUGAAUACCAGAUCAGAGACAUGAUCAUGCAGUUCAUCUGCAGAGAGAAUUGUCUCAUUCUAGCUGUCACACCCGCUAACAUGGAUCUGGCUAACUCUGAUGCUCUUAAACUGGCCAAAGACGUGGAUCCGCAGGGCCAUCGCACCAUCGGUGUGAUCACUAAGCUGGAUCUGAUGGACAAGGGCACAGAUGUCAGGGAUGUUCUGGAGAACAGGUUACUGCCACUACGCAGAGGUUAUAUUGGUGUGGUAAACCGUAGUCAGAAAGACAUUGAGGGAAAAAAGGACAUCAGUGCAGCUCUGGCUGCAGAGAGACGGUUCUUCAAGUCACAUCCUGCAUACCGACACAUGGCAGACUGCAUGGGCACACCAUACUUACAGAGGCUCCUCAACCAGCAACUUACCAACCACAUCCGUGACACAUUACCAGCGUUACGUAGUCAAUUACAGAGUCAGCUUCUCUCGCUGGAUAAAGAGGCAGAAGAGUACAAGUAUUUGAACCCAGAUGACCCAUCACGCAAGACCAAGACCUUAAUGCAGCUGAUACAGCACUUUGGGCUGGAUUUUGAGAAGCGGAUUGAGGGAUCUGGGGAUCAGGUGGACACAGUGGAGCUUUCAGGAGGAGCCAAAAUCAACCGUGUCUUUCACGAGCGUUUUCCCUUUGAGCUGGUUAAGAUGGAGUUUGAUGAGAAAGAAUUGCGAAGGGAGAUCAGUUACGCUAUUAAAAACAUCCAUGGAAUCAGGACAGGACUGUUCACACCAGAUAUGGCCUUUGAAGCCAUAGUGAAGAAACAGAUUGUGAAACUUAAAGGGCCGUGUCUCAAGUGUGUAGACAUGGUGAUCCAGGAGCUCAUCAACACAGUACAACAAUGUACCAACAAGUUAGAGAGCUUUCCAAAACUACGGGAGGAGACUGAGAGAAUAGUGACCACACACAUUCGAGAACGAGAGAGUCAAGCCAAAGACCAGGUUUUACUCUCACUAGAGAUUCAGCUCUCUUACAUCAACACAAACCAUGAAGAUUUUAUCGGAUUCGCAAACGCUCAACAGAAAACCAAUCAAACGUGUAAGAAGCCUUCAGCAGGGAACCAGGGUGCUGCCCCUCCUCCACCCAGUCAAAUUGUGAUUCGCAAGGGCUGGUUAACCAUCAACAACAUCAGCCUGAUCAAAGGAGGGGCCAAGGAUUACUGGUUCGUGCUCACCGCAGAGAGUCUGUCCUGGUUUAAAGAUGAUGAGGAAAAAGAGAAGAAAUACAUGCUUCCUCUAGACAACCUGAAAGUGCGGGACAUAGAAAAGGGCUUCAUGUCCAGCAAACAUGUCUUUGCCAUCUUUAACACAGAGCAGAGGAACGUGUAUAAGGACUACAGGCAUCUGGAGCUGGCCUAUGACACUCAGGAUGAAGUGGACAGCUGGAAGGCCUCUCUGCUGCGAGCUGGGGUUUACCCAGAGAAAACCACAGUGGAUGGAGAGGGUCCAGGCCAUGCGGAGAGCUUCUCCAUGGACCCCCAGCUAGAGCGUCAGGUCGAGACCAUCCGCAACCUGGUGGAUUCAUACAUGAGCAUCGUCUACAAAAGCAUUCGAGACCUGAUGCCCAAGACUAUCAUGCACCUGGUCAUCAACAAUGUAGAGGAGUUUAUCCACUCUGAGUUGCUGGCUCAAUUGUAUUCUUCAGGAGAUCAGUACUCUCUGAUGGAUGAGUCUCCUGAACAAGCCCUGCACAGAGAGGAGGUGCUGCGUACCCAUGCCGCCUUGAAGGAGGCUCUAAACAUCAUCACUGACAUCUCUACCUCUACCAUCUCCACCCCAUUGCCACCCCCUGUGGAUAACUCCUGGCUGCACAGUGGCUCGCUUCACCGAAGGUCUCCUCCAGGUUAUAGUGUCCCUAAGAAGCACCCUGCUCCGGCUGCUCCUUCUCUACCAAUUCGCUUGGAAGCUCCAGACCCACCUCUCUCCAACAGCACAGACACCACCAACUCUAGCAGCCGCCCCAAACGAGUCCCUCCUGGUGUUCCCAGAGAACGGCUCCCUCUGCCAGCUCCAUUAGAGAGUGAGAUUCCUGCGUCUCCACAGGGAUCUUUCCAGGACCAGCUCUGCAGGAAUGCUGGACUCAUAUUCCCCUUACACACACUUGCACACACACACACACUCAAGACGCACCGACACCGUAGCCUGCAAUUGUAACAUGGUCAGCUCACAAUAAUGAGGUCUUUUGGGCCUAAUUAAAGGUGAUGUGUCAAUUUUUCAAUGUUACAAUACUUCUAUUCCAACAUAAGAUGUUGGGACAAGUAUAAGUAAGUCAUUUUUCAGUUGAUUUCAUUGAAAAGUAUAACACUGUAGCUUUGUUUAUUUGAGCAUCCUGACCAGCACAACACAGCAACAUUAGCUUGACCAGUCACGUGAGUCUGUUUAUCCAACCAAUGGUAUUAUAUUUGUAAUUCUGCUUUAAGAAUACCAAAAAUUUUACUUUUAUUAAAAAAGAAAAUUCAUUAUAAAAAACUGUUAAACACUUUACAUCAUAUGAUGUUAUUUUAAAAGUUCAUUAUUUUGUUUAUUGGGUGUAUUACACUCUAAAAAUAAUGUGUUGGCUCAAAAAAAAAAAAAAAAAAAAAAAAAAAAAAUUAACGCAACAGUUUUAAUGCAUCAAUUUUUUUUUUUUUGAGUUAUGACACCUUUGAGUGAAUUUACGUUCAACCAAUAAGCUACAAUUGAGUUAUAGGAACUUAAUAAUUUGUAGCAUAAACACAAUUUAAGUUGAUUACUCAAAAAAAUUAAGCUGCUCUGGAACCAAUUACUCAAUCUAUUUCAGUUCAAAUCAACAGUUAUAAUAGGAUAACAACUUAUUUAAUAUGUAUAUUUAAUGAACAUGUAAGAUAUUACUUGUCACUGGCAUUAGCGCAGUCAUUACUUAUAGAGUCAAUAGUGCACAAUGAUCACCACAAAAACUUGAACAUUAUAGAAACUCCUUUAAAUGUCAAACAUAACAGCAUUAAACACUAACAGGUCUGUCUCUUCACUAAAAAGUCCUAUACAAAGCAUGCUGGGAACUAGAAAUCCACUGCCUAAUUUCCAAAGUUAUCAUUUUUACUACAACUUAAUAAAAAAAAAAAGCCAAUCAACGCAGAAAUUUGAGUUUAAAUUACAAACGACAUUAAGUUGAUGUAAUGAUCGACAUUAUUAUAUCAACAGAAUUCAACAAAAGAAUGUUUGCAACUUAAAAGGUUUAAUUAACUUGCAUUUGUGCAUUUAUUUAAGUUGUGGUAACAUGAAAAACUCACAUUUUUCAUAUACUGUACAUUAUAGCAAUACUUCUAUUUCCAGUCUGUCUGAAACGUGCUGAUUUUUACAAAGCCCCUCCUUUAAAAAAGCCCAGCGUGAUCUGAUUGGCCAGCUGACCCAGUGCGUUGUGAUUGCCCAAACACCUCAAACGUGUGUCGGAAAUGUAACACCCCUUUACCAUAAUAACGAUCUUCAGCUUCCAAGGCUUUAAGUAAGGGAUAAUGUACGUCCAGCUGGUUGUUAUCACAGAAUAAACCCAGACAGGUCACUCUGAAGGGGUUUAUUCUGCGAUAACAACUGGCUGGAUGUACAUUAUCCCGCUUAUUACACGGCUACUUGCCAUACAAGUAAAUAAUUAGACAUGAAAUAUUGACUUGAGUUAAAAUAUUUUAUUAGGUCUUUAAACGCAAAGCUUCUGCGAAGAAAGCAGUUGCUAGCAAGUGGGAAGUUCAAACUAGAUGGACAUUUAAGGGAAACGAUACAGUCAUACCACUUAUUACACAGCAUUUUGCCACAUAAAUAAUUAUGGGGAUAAGAGAUACUGAUUUGAGAUAAAGUUUUAAAAUAUUACCUAUUUGUUAUCUUAUAAUCCAUUACAGUGUACAAAACAAUCGUUGCAAAAUGGCAGCAGUUGCGUAUUAAACAAAGAGCGAGUCCACGAUACUGGAUGACAUAAUUAAAUUACUGUACGCAAAAUAUUGAUUUGAGUUUUAAUAUUUUAUUAGCUCACCAAACGCAAAACUUCCAAGAGGAAAAGCCAUUCCUAGCAAGCGUAAAGCGCCGACUUCAGUUACCCGCAUAAGCCUGUGUUAUCUGUUUUUACCGAUUGUUAUUGGGGGAUAACAUACUGCUGGAUGGUGUGAUUGACCAAUCAGAAUCAAGUAUUCCACAGAACCAUGUAAGAUAACACAGUUAAUAAUGUCGUCAGGUUUACCAUAUCAGUUUGAGCCCAAGUCGGAUUCUGAAAAUGCAGAUGAUCAGGCCGGGAAAUCGAAACCAACUUUGCAAGCGCGACUUGAGCAGAAUGCUUCACAGUGGUCAGUAGUCUUUGUAUAUGUAGCUGCCGUUGAACUCUCCCAGGUUCAGGAAGCUGUCCUCUGUAAAAUGCAGUGUGCACAAGCAAACUUUGGGUUGUACUGCUCACUGAUUUCUAACAAGGUUUUGCUUUCGCAUCUAAACGCACAGUGUGUCUGCGACAUGAUGACAACACUACAAUUCACUGAAGCAUCGUCUUCUCUCUUUGGGUGGGUAUUUAUGUUAAUAUGUGACAUAGACAUUUGAGGAAGUAAUAUCUGGACUUCAAUCCAAGCGUUUUAUGCAGGUCUGGGUCAGUGUUCUCUAUUAGAUUGAAGAAAUUAUUUUUUUGUGGGAGACUAUGAGCUUUGUAACUUUACAGAUCUUAUACAAACAGAUAGAUUACACACUAAAGGAAAAGGAAAACAUUAAAAAGCAUAAUUUGACCCCUUUAAUUAGGUAUCAUGACUAAACAAUUAACUUUUUUUUUUUUACAACUUUAGAUUAAUGUUAAUUUGUAAAUAUACUACUGUAUACUGUUAAAAUAUAUUAUUGGAAACAAUUUGUUUGUAUAUACUUCCGUUCAAACAGGUAAAAAAAAGAUUUGAUUUGAAUUUCGAUUUUGAAAGUCUCUUCUGCUCGCCAAAGCUGCAUUUAUUUGAUCAAAAAUACAGAAAAAAAGCAAUAUUGUGAAAUAUUAUUACAAUUUAAAAUAAUUGUUUUCUAUUGUAAUAUCUUUUUAAAUAUAAUUUAUUCCUGUGAUGCAAAGCUGAAUUUUCAGCAUCAUUACUCCAGUCUUUAGUGUCACAUGACCCUUCAGAAAUCAUUCUAAUAUGUUGAUUUGAUGCUCAAAAAACAUUUCUUAAUAUUAUCAAUGAUGAAAACAGUACAGCUGUGCUGCUUAAUAUUUUUGUGGAAACCAUGAUACUUUUUUUUUUUUUUUUUUUUUUUUGAUGAAUAGAAAGUUCGGAAGAAUAGCUUUUAUUUAAAAUAGAAAUCUUUUGUAACAUUACAAAUGUCUUAAAACUAACCUUAGCCUAGAUUAAUAAAUGCUGUAAAAGUAGUGUUUGUUCAUGAUAACUAGUACAAUAGUUAGUUUAGAAAUUUAAUUUUAAUGUAAAGUUUUACCAGAAAAACAAACUCAAAGCAAGAGUAAUCACUUUUUAAGAUAAAAAGUUAGAAUUCUUGAUAUUUUAUUCACAAUUAUGAAUUUUCCUUAAAGGAACACUCCACUUUUUUUGAAAAUAGGCUCAUUUUCCAACUCCCCUAGAGUUAAACAGUUGAGUUUUACCGUUUUUGAAUCCAUUCAGCCGAUCUCCGGGUCUGGCGGUACCACUUUUAGCAUAGCUUAGCAUAGUUCAUUGAAUCUGAUUAG